UUCCCGCGGGAUCCAUCACGAACAGAAUUCUACCUGGGAAUCAGACAUGCUCCAAUUUCCCACCCCCAGCAAAGGGAACGAAAACUCGGACAUUGAGGAGUGCGGGGCCCCCGGAUCCAGAAUGCUAUAAGAGGCCUCCUUCUCUACUGCUGGUAUAUGUAGCCAAAUAGCCAUCAUUCGCAAUUGAACGAUACAAUGGCAUUGCCGAAGGGAAGCAAGUUUCAAUUCAAUAUGCAAGGUCAGUCGCUUCGUCUAGCGCAGGUGCUUCUUACCGUUGCGCCGGCCUUCAUUACCUACGGGUAUAAUCAAGCCGGGAUCGGGCCAUUGGCCACUUUGCAGACUUGGGUGCAUACCUUUCCCGAAAUCGACACGGUCAAUACGUCAGGUGCAAUCAAGCAAACAAACUCCACCAAAAAAGGCGCCGUCAUAGCUUCCCUCCAACUAGGCGCACUUGUCGGCGCCCUUUCAUGCACAUACAUAGGUGAUCUUCUGGGCCGUCGGAAGACAAUCUUUCUUGCCGCAUUAAUCACGGUAGCUGGGGAGCUGCUUCAGACGUCAUCAUUUGGCACAGCGCAGUUCACCACAGGCCGUGUGAUCCUAGGAAUCGGCGUGGGGCAACUCAGUGCAACAGUCCCCGUCUUCCAAGCUGAGUGUAGUGCUGCGAAACACAGAGGGCGGCAUGUUGUCGUGGAUGGGAUUUGCAUGGUAUUAGGGUUCGUGCUGUGCAACUGGAUUGACUUUGGGCUUAGCAAGGCCUCCGGUGCAGUGCAGUGGCGUGUGCCACUUGCGCUGUCUUUUCUCUUUCCGCUGAUGGUUCUGUCGUCCGUUUUUGCUCUGCCAGAGUCGCCGCGGUGGCUCGUCCUUGUUGGAAGGACAGGGGAUGCAGCGGCAAGUCUAGCGGCGUAUAGAGGCCUUCCUGUCGAUGAUGAGGCCGUCCAGGCAGAGAUUGCCGGGAUCGAAUCCGCGCUGGAACUCACCGAGCGCUCGGGAUGCAUCACACUAAAGGAUGUAUUCCUCGGAAACGACGAAGAGCGUCUGCUAUACAGGUUCGCGCUGUGCAUGGUUAUCCAGUUUUUCCAGCAAAUGUGUGGCGGAAAUCUGAUAUCAUCCUACCUGUCAACAAUCUUCGAGCAAAACCUCAAACUCGGCAACGAUCUUUCCCGCAUCCUCGCGGCCAGUGCCCUGACCUGGAAAUUUGUGUGUAAUUUUAUCCCGUUUUUCGCAGUCGACCGGCUCGGUCGGCGCAAAGUCUUCAUUCUCAGCGGCGCAGGAAUGGCCCUUUGCAUGACAAUCCUCUCUAUAACAACCGCCCUCAACACCAAAGGCGACCACAAAAGCCUCUCCUACGCUUCCGUCGUCUUCAUCUGGCUCUUCAACCUCUUCUACCCAAUUGGCUUCUCCGGUGCCAACUUUCUCUACUGCACAGAGGUUGCGCCAACACAACUUCGCGUUGCCAUGUCCGCCGCUUCCACGGCCAACAAAUGGCUGUGGAACUUUAUCGUCGUAAUGGUUACUCCCGUGGCACUGGAUACAAUUGGAUGGCGGUAUUAUAUCCUAUAUGCGGUGAUUUCGGCGUGUAUUCCUGUCACGGUUUAUUUGUUUUACCCGGAGACUAUGGGGAGGAGUCUCGAGGGGUUGUCGGCCGUGUUUCGGGAUGCGGGGAGUGUUUGGGAGGUCGUGGACAUGGCAAAAAGAAUGCCUACCGGGGAUGUUGGUGGUGUGGCUGAGGAUUUGGAGCGAAGGGGCCAGGAGAAAGAGCUGGAAAAGGAGUUGAAGGAGCAUAUUUGA